AUGAGUACCUCUCUAGAGGCCAAAAUAGUAGUUCUAGGUGCCCAAGGCGUAGGCAAAACAUCGCUUCUUCUUCGCUAUAUAAAAAAUCAAUUCAGUCCGAAAACUACGACAUCAACUGUGGGAGCAAGUUUUUUGACAAAAAGAGUUGUGGAUGCCGAGAGUGAUACGGUGGUUAGAUUGCAGAUUUGGGAUACGGCAGGUCAGGAACGGUUUAGAUCCAUAUCCCGCCUCUACUAUCGCGGUGCAAAUGCCUGUAUCCUUUGCUAUAGCAUCACAUCUCAAACCUCCUUCAACGAAAUGUCCGUUUGGCUCACCGAACUUCGUCGCAACCUUCCUGCUGAUAUCAUUUUACAUAUUGUGGGCACUAAAGCUGAUCUUGUGGCUAAAGAUCCUAGUGCAAGGGAAGUUCCAUUUGAAAGAUGUAUUGCAUAUGUUGCCGAAAAUGUCACAUCUGUAUUAGGCGGUACACCACCUGCUACCGCACUUGGACUUGAACGUGGUCCUGGGAGUUGGGCCGGCUCAGGAGGUGGAAUUUGGGGAACUGGUGGGACAGGUGCACAAGGAACGAUGACUGGAAUGGAAGGCGCACGUUCGCCUUCUAGUAAAAGAAGUUCGGGAUUUUGGGGGAUGGAGGUUGGGUGGGAUUGUUGUCAUGAAGUUAGUGCGGAGAGUGGAGAGGGGGUAGAAGAAGUUUUUAGAGUUAUUACGAGGAAAUUGGUCGAGCAGAAUAAUAAAAUGAGAGAACAAUUGAUGAGUGCGGCGCAAACUCCAGGAACUCCCAUGAAUCCCGAUGGAACGGGGAUGGAGGGUCAAACGGGUUAUUUUGAUGGGAUUAUGAGGCCAGGAGGCAGUUUUAGGGUGGGUAGGGGAGAUAGGAGGAGUUGGUUACUUGGAUUAACGGGUGGGAUCCCAGCCGGGGGAAGUGAAGUGGGGAUUACAGGGGCGAGUGCGGGGGCUAAUACGGGGUGGAAUGCUGAUGGAAGGGAGAGGAGGGAUGAAGAGGGUGGUGUGGUUAAGAGGAGGGGGAGAUGUUGUUGA